AUGUUCUCGAAUAUAGUCACUGCGGCUAAGGGUCUCUUCACGCGAUCGGAUUCUCAAGAGAGUUCUACAGAUCCUGCUGGCACCUCCGCCGCAAUCACAUCAGAAAUGGCGAACUCCACUCGACAAGGACCUGCUGCGUCUAAAGACACUUCCGAGGCCCCAAAGACGAAUGGUGUAAAGAAGCAAGGAAAGCGCAAGGCACCAAGUGAUGAACAGCAGACCAAGCGACGAAAGCAAAAUAGCCUCAAGGCUGCAGAGAGUGACGGCGAAGAAUCCGAAUCUCCCAAGAUCCCAGCCGCUGGCGAGAAGAAAUCCGCAGACUCUGAACCCAAAGCGCACUUUCGAUUCGGAAGCGAGGAGCCUGAGACACCAGAGAUCCAGCCGGAGGAGAUCCCUCAAGCACCCAACCAGGAUGAGGAGAGUGACAGCGACAGCGACGAUGCGCCAGAGACAAUCGACAAUUCUGCACAACUCUUGAAGAUCAAGGAGCAAGCAAAGAAACAAGAAAAGUUAAAGAAAUUAGAGGAACAAGUGAAGAAGGACAAGCGGAGAAGAAUAGACGAGCGCCGGAAAUUGCAAGCAAAGCCAAAGGCCAAGGAAGCUGCCCCUAGCGACGACCUUUCUGAAAGCACAGCAACUCUUCAGGGCUCGAGCACACAAGACGCAAGCCGAAGUGCUCUCCCCGCAUUGCUCCCCGAUGACAUUUUGAAUGCCGAGCCUGUUCUUCGACUUCCCUCUCCACUGGCAGAUGAUUCAUCUGUACGCACCAAGCCAAACAAGUUGCGAUUCCUUGACAAGACCGAAAAGGCGCCCAAGGACGUUCGGGCUGGCGAUGUUACCAUUCGAGUUCUCGAUGCACCAUCUGUGAAGAAGAAUUCCAGGCCCGCCUUGCCUCCCAAAGCUUCAAAGACUGGGCUGAAUGUCAAGGAUAAUUGGCUGAAUAGAAAGCGGAGCACUGGGUAUGUCAAUGGACUGCGAAGGACGGCAGGCGGUCCUUCAGGAUUUGUGCGCCGGUGA